AUGGCUUCCUCAACCGAUGAUCCUCCUCCAUCUUCUUCCCCAUAUCUCCUCCACCCCUCUGAUUCUCCUAGUCUCGUUCUGGUUUCCGGUCUCCUCACAGGUGACAAUUUCCCAAAAUGGCAGCGUGCUAUUCGCCGUGCACUCAACGCUAAACACAAACUCUCUUUCGUUGAUGGUACUCUCCAUGCCCCUGCCAAAACCUCCCCUGAUUAUGCCCAAUGGAGCCGCACCAAAGACAUGGUCUUAACUUGGCUUCUCAACACAAUCACCCCUUCCCUAGCCAAUUCCUUGGACUAUCACGAUGAUCCUCGAGAUGUUUGGCUUGAUCUCGAAUCUCGUUUUAGCCAUGGAAAUAAUGCUCGCCUCUUCCAUCUCAAAAGAGAAAUAUCCAACCUUCAUCAAAACCAACUUUCUAUACCCGAUUACUACAACAAUAUCAAACAGCUUUGGGAUGAGUUGGGAAAUCUCCAACCUCUCACCGAUGCUACUACCUUGGAAAAAAGGGCUGAAGAUGAACGUGUCUUUCAAUUUCUUCUCGGCCUCAAUGAUUCCUACUCUGCUCUUCGGUCCCAAAUCCUUGCCACUGACCCUCUUCCAUCUCUGAAUAAAAUUUUUUCCAUCCUCUUUCAAGAAGAACAACAGAGGCUCCUUCAAGUAUCUCAUCUCCACCCAGAAAAUCUUGCUCUUGCUGCUUGGAGUUCCUCUCAUCCACGGCCACCUCUCAAAUGCACCGAAUGCGGAAAGGAUGGCCACUUACGGAAUCGCUGCUGGCGUAUUAUCGGCUACCCACCGGGCCGUGAACCACGCAACACCCAAAGGCCAUCUCUGCUCGGGAAACCUCCUUCUGCCACCGUCCAUCUCGCUGCUUCCAACCCGGUUCCAAUUGGUCCUUCGUCCAGCCUGAUUCCAGGACUCUCCUCCGAAACCUAUCAACAGCUCAUGAAUCUCUUACAAACCCCUCCAUCGACGGCAAAUUUUGUUGGUAUAUAA